AUGUUACACGAUGCAAAUGAUAAUUUUGGUUUUGGCGAUAUGUGGUAUCAUGGCUUUAGAAAUAAUUGUAUAGUUGAACAAAACAAUAUGCUACGAGAUUCAUCGUAUAUACGAUCCGCAAUUUUCGAUAAUACCAGGUCAUCGUUUAUGGAUAAUAUGGCAUUAUUUGGUGAUUAUGAUCAUUCAAUUUUCACUAGUCUCAAUCAGAAUAUAUCUAAUCAGAAUAUAUCAGAUAAUUUAUCUAAUCAUCAUUAUCAUCAUAAUAAUCAGUUCAAUAGUAAUUUGCCACAGGAGCAUAUUUUGAGCAACUUUAGUGCAAUGAAUGCUUGUAUGCAAGCGUGCAAUGAUGCUUCCAUGAGGAACACUUUGGCAUUUUCACGAACAAAUAAUAUAUCUUCAUCGACUACUGCAUCUCACAAUGAUUUACCCGUUGUAACCACCUCAUCUGCUCGAUAUAAUAUUUUUCCAAGCAGCGCAUCACCUCGACCAUCGCCUAUGCAAUCCAAAGAACUAUUGCAAGCUUAUGCUUCGUCAUAUUUGGCUCCAGAAUCCACGAAUGAAUUAAAUACAAGAGAAAAAUGCUCGAAUAUUUCAUCCUUCACAUUAAAUUCGAACAAAUGGAAUAAUGGCAUACAAACUUGCCAAGUUUGCCUAGCAGCUGCCUCAAAUGGUUUACAUUUCGGUGCUAAAACAUGCGCAGCAUGUGCAGCAUUUUUUAGGUUCCUAUUUGUUUUGUCAGAUUUAUAA